AUGGGGAAUGGUAGCCUUCAGUAUAAGAAUGAGAAGCCACAACGUGUAGACAGUCUGCCCAGGAUAUGUCGGAUCGCGACAGGUUACUACCACAUCGCAGCCUUGGCAGAAAACGGCGAGUGGUUUUUUUGGGGUUGCAACGAGCAGUUGCAGCUGGCCUCUUCGAUCGCAGAUCCACAGAUCAAGACCCCGCAGCCUUUAUCAAAGCUACUCCCUGAGCUGAAGGAUAGAGAAAUCACCAGCGUGGAUGGCGGCUACGGCCACACGGUCUUGCUUACACGCGAGGGCACCGUCUACACCCUGGGGAACCACAGCGAAGGCCAGCGCGGCUUGGACCCUGACUUAGACGAGCCUCCUCCGAUUAGCCCGGUCUUGGGCUUGACUGGAGCUUCAAUGGCAGUUGCAGGUAGCCAUCAUACGCUGGUGCUAGCGCAAGGCCGCGUCUACGGCUUCGGGUCUGAUGAGUUCGGCCAAGUGCGCGGUGCGGGAGAGCCCCUGGACGAAGACCAGCGCGUCUGCAGACCUCACGCCGUGGCUGGCCUGCCGGAGGAGGACCCCGUCGUUCGGGUGGAUGCCGGGAUUUGCCAUUCAGCUGCCGAAACGGCCUCGGGGCGCAUCUUCCUUUGGGGAUGCGGAGGCAACGGCCAAACGGGAGAUCCAACGCUGCCCUCCAGCUCUCGAAUCCGAGAGCUUCACAUCAGCGACCUGUCGAAGCGAUGCACCAAGCAGCCGCAAGGGGGUAAAUGA